AGUGUGUCUCUCUGCCCGAUCCGCCAGCAGCCCGGAGCCCCGUGUCGUUUGCAUGCGAACGCCGCCUGCCCCCCGGCACGGCCACCUUGGAAGGAGUUGGGAAUCUGUCGAGCUACUACUAACUCUGGCCAACAUGCCGAGGAGGAAGCAGCAGGAGCCCAGGCGCUCAGCAGCCUAUGUUUCAGACGAGCUGAAGGCAGCAGCGUUAGUGGACGAUGAUGUUGAGGCUGAUGAGUCUGCGGUUGAUGGAGAGUCAUCCUCCAAGUACGUGUGCAAUGAGAAGGAAUUUAGCCGGGAACCUCAGAGCUAUCAGAACUCCCCCGCAGCUGAGUUUUCUGGCCAGGAGAUGGACAGCGAGUCUCACAUUAGUGAAACCAGUGAUCGAAUGGCUGACUUCGAGAGCAGCUCCAUAAAAAACGAGGACGAGAGCAAGGAGGUUCCUGCGGCGACCGAAGAAACAAUAGUGCAGGACAGCUUAGAACAAAUGAAAGCAAUAUACAACAAUAUCCUUUCAAACUCCUAUUGGUCAUCCUUAAGUUUAGGGCUCAACCAGCCGAGUGGGCCUGCGACAAAUGGCCAUAGUAGUAGCAGCAGCAGCAGCAGCACCAGCAGCAGUUGUGGGAGCGGGAGCUUUGACUGGCAUCAGUCAGCAAUGUCAAAGACCUUGCAGCAGGUGUCCCAGACCAGACUCAAUCCAGAGCCCAGUCUCUUCAGCACGGUACAGUUGUACAGGCAAAGCAGUAAGCUGUACGGUUCCAUAUUCACUGGGGCCAGCAAGUUCCGCUGUAAGGACUGCAGCGCCGCGUAUGACAGCCUGGUGGAACUGACCGUGCACAUGAACGAAACGGGACACUAUCGAGACGAGAACAUCGAGACCGACAACAACAACCCCAAGAAGUGGUCGAAGCCUCGCAAACGCUCAUUGCUAGAGAUGGAAGGGAAGGAGGAUGCCCAGAAAGUGCUCAAGUGCAUGUACUGCGGCCAUUCAUUCGAGUCCCUUCAGGACCUCAGCGUUCACAUGAUAAAAACAAAACACUAUCAGAAAGUGCCUCUGAAAGAACCCGUAACACCAAUCUCCGCAAAGGUCCUCCCUUCCACCAAGAAGAGGGCACUGCUUGAGCUUGAUCUCCCGAGUUCACCCGAUUCCACAGGCGGAACUCCAAAGACAUCUUUAUCUGAUGCCAGCGAUCCGCUACAGAAGUCCUCAAACCCCUACGUCACACCAAAUAACCGUUAUGGGCACCAGAAUGGCGCCAGCUACGCCUGGCAGUUCGAGGCGAGGAAAUCUCAGAUCCUCAAGUGCAUGGAGUGCGGGAGCUCCCACGACACCCUACAGGAGCUGACUGCCCACAUGAUGGUUACGGGCCAUUUCGUCAAAGUGACCAAUUCCGCGAUCAAGAAGGGGAAGCAGAUGGUCGACCCGCCGCAGCCCCCCUUGGUGACCCCGGGGACCGCUAUGAUCGAGGAUAAAGUGCAGUCCGUCCCGCUCGCCGCAAGCAGCUUCGCCCCGUCGCUAAAUACCCCGGCCAGCAUCUCUCCAAAACUGAACGUCGAAAUAAAGAGGGAGGUGGAAAAGGACAUUGAGAGCCAUGAAGAUAGAGUGAAAGAAAAAGAUAAAAACUGUGAAGAUGAGGAAAAAUACGACAUUUCCUCAAAGUAUCAGUAUCUGACUGAGGAAGAUCUGGAGGAAAACCCGAAGGGAGGCCUGGACAUUCUGAAGUCUUUAGAGAAUACAGUGACCUCUGCUAUUAACAAAGCUCAGAAUGGCACUCCGAGCUGGAGUGGUUAUCCCAGCAUUCACGCAGCUUAUCAGCUUCCCAAUAUAAUGAAGUUACCGUUUGGUUUAUCAGGGAAGGCCACGCAAUUGAAAUCAGCAUUUCACAACAGUGACAUUAUGGCAUCUCCAAAGAGCCAGCCCAUAAUAUCGCCACCCAGUAGCCAGAACUCCCCUGUACCAAAAAACAAUUUCCACGCUAUGGAAGAGCUGGUGAAGAAGGUCACAGAGAAGGUAGCCAAAACUGAAGAAAAGAUAAAAGAACCAGAGAGGAUGACCUGCUCAGUGAAGCGCAGGACUCCAUCCCCAUGUGGCAACGGAGCAGGAGAUGCGCUGAAAAGUGAGGCUCCAAAGGAUCCGAGCCCAAAAAGCCACGAAAUUAUAUGCAGCAGUCAGAAGGAGAGCACUAAACAGAGUCCAACCAAGGAUCCUCUGGAGAAUGGUACAGAGGCCUUAAAACUCUCAGCGAAUAGUAUGUGUACCAGCACAGCCAUCAUCACUGACCACCCUCCUGAGCAACCUUUUGUAAACCCAUUAAGUGCAUUGCAAUCCGUUAUGAAUGUUCACUUAGGGAAGGCAGCUAAGCCUGCUCUUCCCACCCUAGACCCCAUGAGCAUGCUUUACAAAAUGAGUAACAGCCUGGCAGAAAAGGCUGCGGUGGCCACGCCACCUUUUCAGUCCAAAAAAACAGAGCCCUUGGACCGUUAUUUCUAUCAUGUCAGCAGUGACCAGCCCAUUGAUUUGACGAAAGCCAAGAGUGACAAAAGUGGUUCUUUGGGUUCAGUGCUUUUGUCAUCCACAUCCCCAUCGUCAACAUCCUCUUCAUCCACAGUGACAACGGCAAAGACAUCUGCAGUCGUGUCAUUCAUGUCAAACUCUCCGUUACGCGAGAAUGCCUUGUCAGAUAUAUCUGAUAUGCUGAAAAACCUGACAGGAAGUCACACAUCAAAAUCCUCUACACCUACGAGCAUUUCUGACAAAUCCGAGGUGGAUGGUAGCACUAUGGAGGAACCAGAGGAGGUUUCACCAGUUCAGAAACGGAAAGGUCGGCAGUCAAACUGGAACCCGCAGCAUUUGCUCAUAUUGCAGGCCCAGUUUGCAGCCAGCCUACGACAAACCACAGAUGGGAAAUUCAUUAUGUCGGACCUUAGCCCACAGGAGAGAAUGCACAUCUCCAGGUUUACAGGGCUCUCCAUGACAACAAUCAGCCACUGGCUAGCCAACGUCAAGUACCAGCUUCGAAGGACAGGUGGAACAAAAUUUCUUAAAAACCUGGACUCUGGUCAUCCAGUGUUUUUUUGUAAUGAUUGUGCUUCGCAGAUCAGAACUCCUUCUACCUACAUCAGUCACUUAGAAUCACACUUAGGCUUCAGGUUACGAGACUUGUCAAAACUUUCUAGCGAACAGAUAAGCAACCAGAUAUCACGUGCAAAACUGCCCUUGGAAAAAUCGGUGUCACCUGCACAGGAGGAAGAGCCUGGGACAUCGUUCCAGUGUAAACUUUGCAAUCGGACUUUUGCCAGUAAACAUGCAGUUAAACUGCAUCUCAGCAAAACACAUGGGAAGUCACCAGAGGACCAUCUUCUGUUUGUUAUAGAGCUGGAGAAACAGUAGCAUUUACUUUAGUAAAGCUAACUGUUAUUUGCUUUGAGGACAACUACAAAAGAAGCCUUAAAGCUACUGUAACAACUCUUGGCACAUGUUCUUGAUUUACUGCAGAGUAGCACUCUGAUCUGAACUCUUUUAUAUAACUGUACAGUGUUUAAUGGAAGCACGUAAUCAGCUGUUGUUACUGGUUGAUUACAAGGGUAAAAAUGGUAAGUGUUUGGAAUUUUGUGUAAAUUGGAUUUAGUUGCUGUUGCAUCGUUCAGAUGCAUUAAGCUGCAUGCGUAAUGGACAAUUUAGUUAAGCAUUUAAUACUGAACCUGGUGCACUUUCUCAUGUGACUUAAGUGUGCUGGUAUUUCUCAGCCUUUAACCCUUAACCCUUAACCCUCUGAGCACUGCUGAAGCACUUCUGCAUUAAAAAUUGCAAACACACCAAUUGGGCAGCAUUAUUAAAAAUAUUAUUAUUAUUAUUAUUACUACCGUCCGUCAGUUCACGGACCGAAAAGCAUCGUUAAAACAAUCUGUAGCUGAGUCUGCGUUCAGUUCCAUUGUCAUGAAUACUUGUGCCGGGUGUUGUUGUUGUUGGGUUUUUCUUUUUUAUUUUGCACAAUUCGAUUUGUCAAAGAGUUACCACUUCGCGGAAAACCGACUGCUAGUUUCGGAGCUCAAGUUAAAACAAAAAAAACUGUCAAUGCUCAAAGGGUUAAGAAAAAUUAGAAAAAAAUAAAACUUGUACUGUAUUUCUUUGAACAGUAAUAUACAAAAAUUCUUUCAAAAUGUUUGUUCUAUGAGAUACUGCUACAAAUGUAAAAAGGCAUUCCGUGAUGUAACCUCCUUUUACUUAUUUAUGAGUGCUCUCACUUGUUAUUUUAAUGACCAUCAUGUGCAGAAUGCCUUUGAUUGGUAAGUUUUGUUCUGCCUAAUUAUUCUCCCAUGAAUCUUUGCCGCAUCUUUAUAUUUUGGCAUAUAAAAGGUAACCCGUGGUUACCAGCACACUGAGCGAGUCUGUGCAUCUCCAUUUUUUCAGUUAAUUUGCAAAAGUAACUGACAGCUGACACCGUACAAGAAUAUAUGUAUAAAAUCGGCAUGUGAGCAGCACAGGUAACUGUAAUGCAUUCUGUGCCCUCUUUCGUUGCUGGAUAUGAAGCACCAUUUAGGACUCUUCAUAUAUAAACUUUUUUUUAAAAAAAACACAUACACACUCAACACACACACACCGCACGCAACAUUAAAACGUUUCCCAAUAAUUUUGCGUUGCUUUCACACUCGUCUACAUGCAAGGUGCUGCAGGUAAAGAGCACAUUAACACAGAGAAUUACAUAAUUUCAAGCUGGAGCUUGAGUGGGCUUGUGGACCUGUCAAGAGAAGGGUGUUAGUGAAAGCAUUAUUUGUCAGAUAACUGCAGCACUUACAGAGAGAUAAUUUAGAGGUGAGCACCUUUCGAAAGGCCUUAAUUCACAGGUGUGCGAUGAGACCUGGCUGUAACCCCACCCAAGCGCCGGCUUGUUCCGACACAUUGUAUAUCUUCUAACCGUCACAUUUACACAGUAUUUUAAAAUAACAUUUGUGAUAAAUGUGCAAUUUACCUAAUUUAUGGCACUAUGAUGUGCUCAGGGCUACAUACAAGAUGAAAAUCUUAAAUGGAGCUUGAACAGUGCACUUCACAACAAGAAAUCAAUAUGCCAUGGCUUAGUGAGCUAUCUGCUAAGGUAAAAUUAGCAAAAAAAAAUACAACUACCAAGGAGCACAGCUGACGUCUGUGGCCACCGAGUGGUUAUAGUAAACCAAAGUCUGACUUAAUAAAGGAUUGGUAUCUGUUUGAAGAAACAAUAUUAACAAGACUACCAACAUUUGUGCAUGAAACCUCCUUUUUUUGUAAUAAUAUUUUAUGUCCUGUACAUAUUGAUCUUUUCAAUGCUCUUGACUUCUGUCCCAGCCAACUGUCUCAUUGCCGGCGCUGCAUACCAGCUACAGAUAACAGUGGUCAUGAAUUAUGUUUGAAGAUUGGGCCCAAUCUAAUAUUAAUAUUACCCAUCAAGCUUGACUAUGACUUUAACUUAAAAUGAAUGGUUACUUGUUGAGAAACCACGAAGCUGACUGACUGACUGAAACUCCAGGUUUACUUUUUAUCAAUUUCUCUCUGUUUUGCUACGUGAUGUGUUCACUCAAGAAGCAUCGGAGAAAUCCUCACUAUUCCCUUUUUUAAAAAAAACACUGUAUAUAAUGGACAGCUAUCAUAACCAGAUUUACCCUUACAAGCGCUGCUCACAGCAUUUGUUGCGCCCGUUCAUUCAGCAGGGAGAAAGGGUUAAAACAUUUCAAUACCCAUUUUUGUAUUUGCUGGACUUUAAAAUGGAUUUCCAAUUGUCACCUGCUUUCCAUGGUUUAAUACAAGACUACACAGUGGAUAAACACACCUCGUGCAUAUCUGUUGUACAUGUUCGGAAGUGAACUUUGGUUAAUUUAUAUAUUUGAAAAUUUUAAUACAUGAUCUCUCGGUUUUCCUGUCCCGUUCUCAAAUACGUAAAACAGGUGCAGUAUCUGCAGUUAGCGUAUUAAAUGCAGAAAGUAGUUACAAUUCCAAUUCCAUGUAAAGUUAGCACUGUCUUUUUAUUUUCCUUUAAAAAAUUGUUUUAUUUAAAUUUUGUUACAAUGUCAACAUCUUUUUCUACUGAAAAAAUAUUUUAUAUGUUAACAUAAUCAAUUAUUGUAUGAAAGCACUCUGGACCACUGCAACAAAAACAGUGUAUGAAUGUAACAGGAUACAAUAAAAUAAAUAUACAUGUUA